AUUUAAAUAUAUGCUCAAGUGUGAGAACUAAGCUGAGCUAAGCGUGUGUGUGAAAAGUAACAAAGUAAUGGUGGACUCAGUGCUGCGCCGGCUGCUCCACGAGAUAGUCUCAACCAUUUUCGACGCGGAAAAAUACAGAAAAAAUGCAGCGCGUGCGCUCACCACUAAAAAAUUCUUAAUUCAUUCCUCUCAAUGCAUUUUUCCUUAAAAAUCGCGCGCGGUUUGCUUAACUUAAUUUAAUAAGUUCAAUUGCAAUAAAAAACGGUUUAUUAAAAAACAGAAACACACACAAAACAUAAUACAAAUACAUCAAAAAGGUAAAAUUUUCAAUAAGCAUUAGCAAAAAUUGCAAAGCACGCGCAGCAUCAGCAUCAAAAGGGAGCAUCCUUGUGAACGUCCCUGUGUGUGUGUGUGUACACCUUGGUGCACGCGUAUGCGUGUGUGUGUGAGUGCUCCACCCUCGGAAAGCGGCAUUAUAAUACAAAAAAAUACCAUAAAAUAUUUAUAUAUGCUUAUAUUUAGUGCAAAUUAAAGUGCGAAUUUGAAAAUGGAACAAAGUGAAAUUUUGUGGCUAUUAUUACGAUUAAGACGUGUUUCGUAAAUUAUCGUGUUGCCCUGUACCGCUUGGUACAAGACGUGUCGCAAUGUUGGCCUUCUGAAUAUUUGCCUAAAUCAAUUAAAAAUGCAACAACACAACUGAAAAAAAGGGGUAGCAAAUGAAAGCGUGGAGGAGGGGAGGACAUGUGAUUUUGAGGAAAGAGCAACAACAACUACAACUAGAGUGACAGUGUCACACAAACAAAAGCUCGUUGAUUUUUUGUUCCUUGUUGAGUUCUCCUUUUAUCUGGCGUUCACACAAAGCACUCUUUGUGUGCGUGUGCGAAGUUGAGUGAGUGUGUGUGCGGCAAACGACGCCAACGUCGCCCAAUGCGUGCCAAUGUGCCAAUAAAAAGCGCCACACCAACAACAAACACAUCAAGAAGAAGAACAGCAGUAGCAGUAAGAACAACAGUAACAGUUACAAAAGCCGCAGCGACGCCCAGCCAGUUCGGGUAAAUGGCCAAGGUACGCAGAAAACGUUUCCGUUUGAGGUGCACACAGAAGAAAGAAGCAGUUAGAGCACUCCGUUCGAAGAAGGAGCUGCCUUCAAAUGGGAGUAGUUAAUCGUGUAAAGAACAACCACAACAACAGCAGCCCAACGAUGGACAAACGUUCGCUGUGCUGUCUCAUCAUCUGUGUGAAUCUGUGCUUUGUUAUCUGGCUGGUGAGCGUGCAGCAGCUGGAGCCAACGGAUGAGGCGGUGGCCACAGCGGGCAGCACGGCCGCUCUGCUUGGCUCGAUGCAGCUGCAGACACAGCAACCACAACAACAGCAACAACAACCGAGUGCCAAUGGCAGUAAACCAAACCAAAUACACGACACUAGUCGCACUCAGCAACUUAGUAGCAACCUUAGUAGUUAUUAUUAUAGUCGUAGCCUAGUUAGUCUAGACAACAACAUUGCGGCCACGCUCGCAUCGCUGCCCACGGCAGCAAGUCGACCAUCGCCAUCAUCAGCCUCAUCCUCAUCAUCAUCGUCAUCGUCAUUGCCAACGGGUUACUCGGAAGAUGCCAGCCAACUCAUCGACCUGCAUAACUUUGCGUAUAGCAUGACACAACCGCCAUGCGAGGCCCACAUCCAGGCGCUAAUCCUCGUCCAUACGGCGCCACGCAAUGUGGAGAAGCGUGCCCUCAUACGCCAAACGUGGGGCAGUCCACGCAUGACGUCUGCCAGCUCCCCGUUGCGUGUUGUCUUCCUGCUGGGCGCUGUCCGGCAAUCGGAGCCGGAGCUGCAGCUGGCGCUCAAGGCGGAGAAUGCGAGGCAUGCGGACAUGGUGCAGGGCAACUUUCAGGAUGCGUAUCGCAACAUGACGUACAAGCAUGUGAUGGCCCUCAAGUGGUUCAACAGUCAUUGCGCCCAUGCUCAGCUGCUGAUCAAGGUCGAUGAUGAUGUCUAUGUGAAUACGCCGCAGCUCUACAAGCUGCUUAGGGAACCGAUGCUGCCAAACACGAGCUCCAACUCCAACUCGAACUCGACAACGCCAUCGUUGCGCUCCAUGUUGCAGCAACGCAACGAGCUGCUCUUUUGUCGCUCUGUUAUGCUGUCGCGUGUGAGGCGAUCUUAUCGCUCCAAGUGGCGCGUCAGUUUCAGCGAGUAUCCUGAUGCCUAUUAUCCGCCCUACUGUCCUGGCUUUGCGAUCGUCUAUUCGGCUGAUGUGGUGCAGCGUCUCUAUCAGGCUGCCCAGCAUGCCGGCUACUUCUGGGUGGACGAUGUCCACAUCACUGGCGUGCUGGCACAGCGUACAAACACAACCAUCACGAAUUUGCAGCCGUAUGUGCUUUACAAACCCGAUUGCGAGCGUGUGUUGAGCGGCGAACUCGAGCUGGAUCAGCAGGAGUUUCUCUUCACGUGGCACAGCAUUGCGCCCGAGCAACUCAACGCCUUGUGGCAGUUGCAUUUGGCACAGAAUUACACGCUGACGCAGCGCAGUGUGCAGCUGGAAACGGAGGCGAGCUCGGAUACGGGCCUUAGCUAGCUUAAGAAGAAGGGUAUUACAAAUAGCUUGGGGGAUAUUGUUUAAUUUAGUUGAUAUGUGUGCGGUUCGUUUUUUUUUUCUAUUAAUCAUUUUUGGCUGUUUCGCUUUUAAUUUAAUUGUUGAAUUGUAGACUAGUUAUGAAACGAUUAGUUAGCAUUUUCGUCGAAAGGAAAACUAAAACAAACAAGAAGGAGAAGAACAACAACAAAGAACAUUGCAAGUCAAGUGAACCACCAACCACCUGCCUACAAUCAUUCGUAUCAUAAUUGAGAUAGCAUAAACUAAAGCAUAAUUAUAAAUCUAACGAUAACGAUUACUAUUAACGAUAGCAAUUACAACUAACGAUAGACAUACAUUCAAAAAGCCUCUCUGGGUGAUACACACAUUCGUAUAUAUAUGAGUAUAAACAUUUAAGCACAACUCUUAACUAUUAAGACAACCAAAAAAACAGCAACAACAACAAACAGUAAAAUGCAGCCCCUUAAAUAAUCGGAACAUAAACAGAAAAGCAAAACUCACUAGACACAUAAAAUCUAGCAAAAAUGUUUAGUCUGAAAACUAAUAAAUGAAUUGAGUAAUUAAUUGAGAUGUGAAUUAGUAAAACAAAGAACAAAUGCUUGCAUGCAAGAUUAAAAUAAAUAACUUUUCCAAUAAUGUAUUUUGUAUUUUUGAUCCUUAGCAAAUGUCUAUGUUUUAUUUCAAUUGCAUGUAAACUUAGGCAAAUUAACAUUGUAAACAUUGCAAACAACCACACAACAAAGAAAAAAAAGAAA